UCAAUUUUCAUGUUACUUACUUUUAUCAUUUUAUUAUGUAAUCCGUUAAUAAAAAACACCUUAGUGGUAGUGAAAAACGAAAAAAAUAAAGAGACAAUCGAGAAAUAUCAAAAUUGCCAAAAAUAAAUAAUUUUUUUUGUUCAACUUUUUCGGCUGAUUUUGAAAAAGGAUUGAAUUUGGAUUCAAGUUACCCAACUGAUAAAGGAAGUUUUGAUAAUGAAGUAACAGAUAGUAUUAAAAGGUCCAUACUAUUAUUAGGCCCAUGUAGACCAAAUAUUGAAUUUCCUGGUACAAAUCUAAGAGGUACGAUAAGAUUUUCUUCAAAUUACUAUUUUAUGUCAACGAAAAUAGUAAGUCGUAUUCCAAGGGCAUGGUUAUGUUACUCUGUUAUACUAGACAAAGUAUAUUGUGAAGUUUGUUGGCUUUUUGCUAAUCGUAGCAACAGUAGUUUUACUCCUGAAUGGAUCGAUGAUACCAAUGAUUGGCAACAUCAUUCCCAAAAAGUAAAAUUACAUGAACAAAAUUAAUUAAUAUAUUUAGAAGCCACAAAACUUAAAACAGUUUGGUUAAAAAACGGUACUAUUGAUAAAGAACUUGAAACCCAAAUUUCAAAUGAAGCAAAGUUCCGGAGAGAUAUUAUAACAAGAAAAAUAAAAAUAAUUUUGACACUCACUGCAGGGAACACAGCAUUAUGCGGGAAUGAGUGUAAAGAAUACUCUGAAGGGAAUUUUCUCAGAUAAGUUAAUUUAUUGGCUGAAUUUGAUCCUGUUUUACAAACAUUAUUGAAUAAUAAAAAAAAACAUUUAAAAUACUUGAGCCUAACCAUACAAAAUGAAUUAAUUGGAAUUUUGGGAUCAAGUUUGCUAGAAAUAAUUUGUGAUGAAAUCAGGCAGUACUCUUGUUUUACAAUUAUUAUGGACUUCACUCAAGAUAUUACUAAAAUUAAACAAGUCAGUGUUAUAAUUCGCUAUGUCUUAAUUGAUUUUGAAAACCAUUUAGUUAAAAUUAAGGAAUCAUUUCUUGGAUUUUUUGAAAUACAUCAUGACGAGGCUGUUGAUUACAAAAAUCUAAUUUCUCAACUUCUUCAUAACUUGGGUUUGGAUAUUAAUAAAUGUAAAGGACAAUGCUAUGAUGGUACAAGUGUCAUGAGUGGAAUUUAUUCGAAGCUACAGAAGCGAAUCAACGAUAUUGUACCUAAUGCUAUGUGUGUUCAUUGUUGUUCCCAUAAUCUGAACCUAGUCGUUUGUGAUGCAGCCAAGAGUUCUGACAAAGCAAUGAGAUUUUUUGAAACUGUACAAUCUGUAUUCAACUUUUUUGGUGGAAGUGCUCCAAGAUGGGCAUUAUUGGCUUUUGGAGAAGAUAAUGCAACAGCAGUUUGUAAGAAGGUUCUAAAAAAAGUAUGUGCUACACGCUGGAAAGCUCGACAUAAUGCAUUAUUUGCACUUAAAGAAAAAUGUAUUGAUGUGCUGAAGACUUACAGUAAUUAGUCUAACUAGCAAGAAAAAUGAAGAGAUUUUUUAAAGUAAAUCUUUGCAAAAAAAAUUGAAAAUAUAGAAUUUAUUUUAUUAUUGUGUGUCUAGGAAAAUAUUUUAAGAUCGAUCCAAUCAGUAUCCAAAUAUCUGCAGUCUAAUGAAAUCAACAUACAAAAUGCUACUUCAGCAAACAAUUGGUACACUUGAAAAUCUACGUGAAAAUUAUGACUCUAUAUUAAAUACUGAAAAAUAUAUUUGUUAUAAAUGGGGUAUUACUACUCAGUCAAUAAGUAAAUGACCACAUUAUGCUAAAUUAUAUUUUGAUGAAGUGGAUGGAGACAUACAAUUGAAUGUAACGGAAGAUAAUUAUUUUAAAAUUAAAAUCUUUUUAUCAAUAAUCGAUACAGUUUGAGCACAGUUGCAUAAUAGAUUUAUUGGGUUAAAUGAAGUGAUGAACACAUUUGAAUUUCUAAUUUCAUCAAAAUUAAAAAUUUCCGAGGAAUCUAAUCAUUGUAUGAUUUUGUAUUAAAAUACAAAUCUGACAUAAAUUAAGAUUUUACCAGACAAGUUUUAUCAGUUACAACACUAAUUGGUCCAAAACAAUCUGAUAUCAGAGACUUAAUAAACUUCAUUAUUCAAAAUUACGUGGAUUGUAGUUUUCCAGAUGUGUUAACUGCAUGUAUAAUAUUUCUUACAAUCCCGGUAACUGUGGCCUAGGCUGAGAGGUCAUUUUCAAAAUUGAAACUCAUUAAAAAUUAUUUGAGAAACUCAAUGUCUCAAAAUAGAUUUAGUAAUAUUGCUAUUUUAAAUAUAGAAAGAAGUAGAACUGAUGAACUAGAUAUA